GAACAACAUGUGGUGUUGGAUAAUUCUAGAAGAGUGUCAGAAAGACUUCAGUUCUAGCGCUACUGACAGCACAGGGUCUGAGUUUGGCCACUAGAGCUCAUUUAAUUACCUCUAAGUGUCUAAACAAGAGCUGUCACUCAGCGUUCAUCUGAAUUUAGUGAUACAUAAGUCAGAGAUGUUGUCAGCGGUGAGGAGUGUGUCGCGCGCUCAGAGGUCCUGCAGCGGUGUGUCUGAUCUCAUCCAGAAGGUGUGUUGGAGUGGGCCGAGUCUCCAGACGGCGUGCAGACGGUGUUAUGCGUCCGAGACUAUCCGAGGAGCGGUCAUCGGCAUUGACCUGGGGACCACCAACUCCUGCGUGGCUGUGAUGGAGGGCAAACAAGCCAAGGUGCUGGAGAACGCAGAGGGAGCGAGGACCACGCCGUCAGUCGUGGCCUUCACAGCGGACGGAGAGAGACUCGUGGGAAUGCCAGCCAAACGCCAGGCCGUCACCAACCCCAACAACACACUCUACGCCACCAAACGCCUGAUCGGACGCCGCUACGACGACCCCGAAGUCCAGAAAGAUCUGAAGAACGUGCCGUAUAAGAUCGUGCGAGCGUCUAACGGAGACGCCUGGCUGGAGGCGCAGGGUAAACUGUACUCGCCCAGUCAGGCCGGAGCCUUUGUCCUCAUGAAGAUGAAGGAGACCGCAGAGAGCUACCUGGGUCACGCGGUGAAGAACGCUGUUAUCACUGUGCCUGCGUACUUCAACGACUCUCAGAGACAGGCCACCAAAGACGCCGGACAGAUCGCAGGUCUGAAUGUGCUGCGUGUCAUUAACGAGCCCACGGCUGCUGCUUUAGCCUACGGGCUGGACAAGACCCAGGACAAGAUAAUUGCGGUGUAUGAUCUCGGCGGGGGCACGUUUGAUAUCUCUGUCCUGGAGAUCCAGAAGGGUGUGUUCGAGGUGAAGUCCACUAAUGGAGACACGUUCUUGGGCGGAGAAGACUUCGACCAGCAUCUCCUCACACAUAUAGUGAAGGAGUUCAAGAGAGAGUCCGGCGUGGAUCUGACUAAAGACAGCAUGGCUCUGCAGCGGGUGCGAGAGGCAGCAGAGAAGGCCAAGUGUGAGCUGUCUUCCUCUCUGCAGACGGACAUCAACCUGCCGUACCUGACGAUGGACGCCUCUGGCCCCAAACACCUGAACAUGAAGCUGAGCCGCUCUCAGUUCGAGGGCAUCGUGGGGGAUUUGAUCCGCAGGACCGUGGCUCCCUGUCAGAAGGCCAUGCAGGACGCAGAGGUCUCCAAGAGUGACAUCGGAGAAGUGCUGCUGGUGGGAGGAAUGAGCCGCAUGCCCAAGGUGCAGCAGACGGUGCAGGAUCUGUUCGGUCGUGCUCCCAGUAAGUCUGUGAACCCUGACGAAGCCGUGGCCAUCGGAGCGGCCAUCCAGGGAGGCGUUCUGGCCGGAGACGUGACCGACGUGCUGCUGCUGGACGUCACUCCUCUGUCUCUGGGCAUCGAGACCCUGGGAGGAGUCUUCACCAAACUCAUCAGCAGAAACACCACCAUCCCCACCAAGAAGAGCCAGGUGUUCUCCACCGCUGCUGAUGGACAGACUCAAGUGGAGAUCAAGGUGUGUCAGGGGGAGCGAGAGAUGGCCACGGACAACAAGCUCCUGGGACAGUUCACCCUGGUGGGCAUCCCUCCGGCUCCUCGAGGUGUUCCUCAGAUUGAAGUCACCUUUGAUAUCGAUGCUAACGGGAUCGUGCACGUCUCAGCUAAAGACAAGGGCACUGGCAGAGAACAGCAGAUUGUCAUCCAGUCCUCCGGUGGCCUCAGCAAAGACGACAUCGAGAACAUGAUCAAGAACGCGGAGAAGUAUGCCGAGGAGGACCGCAGGAGGAAGGAUCGUGUGGAGGCGGUCAACAUGGCCGAGGGCAUCGUUCACGACACCGAGUCGAAGAUGGAGGAGUUUAAGGAGCAGCUGCCGGCGGAUGAGUGUGAUAAACUGAAGGAGGAGAUCACUAAAGUACGAGAGCUGCUCUCGAGGAAGGACACUGAGACGGGAGAAAACAUCAAGCAAGCAGCCACAAACCUGCAGCAGGCCUCGCUCAAACUCUUCGAGAUGGCUUACAAGAAGAUGGCGUCUGAGAGGGAAGGUGGCUCCGGCUCUGGCUCCGGCUCUGGCUCCGGCUCUGGCUCCGGCUCCGGCUCCGGCUCCGGCUCCAGCUCCAGCUCCAGCUCCGGGGGAGAGACCGGAGAGAAGAAGGAGGGCCAGCAGUGAAGCACAGCGCUGGAGUGAGUCUGGACUGAGUGGAGAGUGUUUCUCUGAGCAGCCCCUCUCUCACACACACACACACACACACACACACACGUGUUUCUGGCAGCACAGGCUCCUCAGAAGUUCAGACAGAGUUACUGAGUCUGCUGAAGAUGAAGAAGUGUGUUUGAUUUGUCAUCCGGGGUUUAAGGUGAUCAUAGACACGACUCCAGUCAUCCAGACACUCAUUCCUGCCUGGUAUCUUUGAUAAAGAUGUGAUUUAAUGCUUUGAUUUGGGACUGAAUGAGGCUGUCUGUAAGUAUUUAUAAUAUCAGGACACCAAUGUUUUAUGUUGAAAUGUCAUAGUAUCUGUUCUGUCUGUGGGUUGAGCUGAGAGAAAAAUAUCUGAUGUGGAGUUAAUAGUUCAGUGUAUUUGUCAUAUUAUCCCUGUUAUAAUUUGCUGAUCAUACCAGCGUUGUGAAUCAGGAGCGCAUGUGUCUCCAGGACAGACUGAACACUGUUGAAGCAGACGUACAGACGGACCUUUACUGGAGUCUUCUGCUUGUUUUGUUAAAUCAGUGAUGUUGUGUGUGUGUGUGUGUGUGU